AUGGCAGGCAAGCGCAAGGUGACCGCUGGGUCGGGCAAGCGGCCCAGCAAGAAGCGCCACCUCAAAAUCACCCGGAAGCUCAUGCCCCUCAUCCGCGCCGAGCGGGCCCCCACGUCGACCGACUUCAAGGAAGUGGCCGCUCAUCUGCAGCCGACUCGCGACUACCGCACAGUGCGGAAAAUCUACGAGAAGUACGUGAAGGGCGAGCCAUGGAGCAAGAGCGGGCCCGCCCCGGAGCCCAAGCACGAGCCCAUCCGGGUCAACAUGGAGCUCCAGAAGCUGCUCGCCAAGGAGUCGGAUCUGACCCUGGCGCAGUGCGCCUUCCGGUUCGACAUCAAACCGUCUACAUUCUACUCCAUUUACAAGAAGGUUGAGGCGCUGCCGCCUGAACGGACGGACUACUCGCGCGACAACCCCAAGUUCUGCCCGGACUAUAUGUUCCAGUUUCAGCUACCGCGACACACGCUGCGCAUCGAGGCGUUCUCGUUGACAGACCUCGGGGGUGCUGGGGCGCCUCUUGGUUCUGCUGAAACGAUGGCAACGUUCGAGCUGCCGCUCGUGAAGAAGCUGCUGGCCGAGCAGAAGAAAGGGGCCCAGAUCAGGAUCCUCGUGCCGAAGAAGCGGAGCAAGUUGAUUAUUGUGGACGAUGUCAUGUCGUCGAGUGGAUCCGUCAACCCUUCCUUCCAAGGAUUAAACCUGUCCUAUGAGAGCAUCACCUACCACUUCAUGAUCUCGAAGUCACCGGUCAAGGAGGCCCUGUUCAUGGAGAUCGACGACGAGUGGGUCAGUGAGCAGGAGGCCCUCACCACGGCCGCUAAGCAGCUGGCGGCCGCCCAGGCCAGCGAGGGAUUCGCCCCGGAAGAGCUGGUUAGCGAGGAGCUCGCGCCCAAAGAGCUGGUUCUCGGGGAGUUCGUGGACGAGGAAGGGGGCGCCAUCAUCGAGGAAGAGAAGAAGGAGAGGGCCCACAAGGCCAACGCGGCCGAUUACAACAGGCUGAAGCUGGCCGGCAUCUGUGUGGAGUGCAGGGCUGGAGCUCUCGCCGACGGUGAAAACCUGUGCAUCGCGUGCCGGCACAAGAAACAGUUCAAGUAUUAUCAGAGACUGGAGGAAGGCAGGUGCGGCUACUGCAACAAGAAGAAACCUGCAAGCGACAAGCACUCCGCGUGUGCUGCAUGCAGGGAAAAAUGCGCGGCUAAACGAAGCGAGGCUAUCCAGUCGAGAGAUAAGUACAACCUAUGCCGCAACCGCGCACAAGAAAGCAACAAGAGGUGCGAUGCCAAGCGCGCCGCACUCGGCAUCAAGAGACAGAAGAUGCCCGGACAGUGUUGCCACUGCCACAGGCCGUGCGCGACUAAACCACCGAAGAAGGGCGGCGGUCUCUACUCAGAGUGUGACUGGUGCCGCAUCCGAGUCCGGGCCAAGCUGGACUUCAACACCACGGACGGGAUCCGACAAAAGCAACGUCCACGCCGACCCGGCCUGUGCCAAUGCGGGAACUCCGCGAAGGCCAGGGACGGGGGUGGGUUCUUCAGCUGCUGUGAGGAGUGCCUCGAAAAAACCUGCCAGAGGGGGAAAGCGAGGUAUUGGGAGAAGAAGGCGGCGGCACAGCGCGAGGACGAGGAGAAGGACGAGGAGGAGAAGGAGGAGAGCGCGGGCGAGUACGAGGAGAAGGACGGAGUGCAUUUCUAG